UGACUAACCUAAUCUAUUUGACAGAACAGUAUAAACAUUACAACCAAAAUACAAGAAAUUCAAAUAUGUUUUUAUUUGUUUAGCUUUUAUUUAAAAAGGUUAUCUGAAACAUGGAUAUACUUUACAGUGCUAAAGUGAUAGAUAAAAUAUUUUAUCAAGUGAAAAUAACACUCAUCUCUAAAAAGUUUUUUCCUGUGCUUACGCUUGUUAAAUCAAAUCAGAGAUCUUGGUAUUGAAAUGACAAAAUUAGUUGAUUGUUUUUUUACUGUGAAGUGAUGAAGCUAUUAAUAUUGAUUUUACGGUGCUUACAGUCUAGGUCAUGUGUUCUGCUAAUUUUAAUAAGCUGUUUAAUUAUAUUAGGACAAUUAUUUCAAGAGAGAAGAGCUUCUGCGUAUAAGUCUAUGUUUAAGAAUGGAAAUAAUUUUAUAUUUUUCAAUAGACCACACAACCGUCUAUCAAAUUCAUCAACCUUUAUUCCUGGCAUUCGACUGAAAGAUGUUAAACCUGGCACAAAGAACUUUUGCAAUUUUAGGUUUGGAGAUACACAUUCGUUUAAGAUUGAUGAUAGUGAUGUAUCAUUAACUCCGGAACAUUCUGAAAAUGGAAUGUAUAGAGUAGUUUAUAAUGUGAUAUAUGGAGAUAGUUACCAUAAUACUUCAGAGGAGAGUAGAAAUAAUGUGACUUAUUGCACUCAUAUUACACCGGAAUUCUUCUAUUAUAUGGUAGAAAUAGUUGAUCGAUGGGAAGGACCAAUAAGUAUUUCUGUAUUUGUUCCAAGUACAGAUGCCUCCAUUACUUUAUGCUUGAUAGAACGAUUAUGCUUUUGUUUGCCAGGAAUGUCCAGAGUUGCUGUUCAUUUUAUUUUUCCAGUUGAAUAUCCACCAGACCACUGGAAAUGUGAGCCUUCACUAACAGUGCCUCAAAAAUGCUCUGUACCUGAAGUGAUUGCCAAAGAAAAAUUAGAGACCUUCAGAAACCGUGAGGGGUUAGUAUAUCCGGUAAAUGUGGCUAGAAAUGCCGCCAGAGUUAGUGCUAGGACUACGUUUGUUCUAGUUUCAGAUGUUGAACUGUUUCCAUCUCGUCAGUUGGUUUCGAGGUUUUUAGCAAUGCUAAAAAGACUCAAGGAGAAGAGUGGCAAAGACUUCCGAACAUUGUUAAAGUAUUUUGUUUAUGUUCUGCCUGUUUUUGAAGUAGAAAGUGAUGCUUAUGUGCCUGAGACAAAGUCUGAACUGUUGAAUCUUCAUUCCCAGAACAAGGCUGUCUACUUUCAUCGCUGGGUGUGCCUUCAUUGUCAAAGAUUCCCUGGACUACAGAGAUGGCUGCAUCGUAAACUUCCGCAAUUAGAUAGAAUAAUUCAGCCAUUUUUAGUAGUGAAAAGAAAUCCAGAUACACAUUCCACAGUGAUAAAUUAUGUUGGCAAAGGAGUUAAAUCUGUAGAAUAGUUUCACUAAUAUGUUUUAUAAGU